CUCAGAGAACUGAAGUGAGAGGGAUUCGGAACUUGUUAAGUGACCAUCUGGUGAAAGGCAGAUGAUAAAAAAUGUGCUGUGUCUUUAAGAGUUGAGGAGCGAGAGCUGGCAGUGAGGCCCUAUGUUGAGCCCAACUUAAUCAUAGACUUGGAAAGGCUGCCAGAUGUAUCACAGCAGCAGCCAGAACACAGCACAGCUGCCCCUGCAAAACCAGGCAGCGCUACUCACUCUGGUAGGCGGGAGACGAGGCUAGGUUUCUGUGCCUCUCUCCAUUCUACAUCCGCACACACACAAACACAAUUGGCAGAGAGGAGCAUGCCUCAUUCGGUGCUUUGAAGUUAUGGAGUUGGACAACGCGGCCGAACUGGAGAGCUACAAUGAGCUCCAUCCUGAGAGGGUUGGCCGCAGGCGCAGUAUGCCGGGCAGCGCUCUGGACAAGUGCACCUCCAUAGAGCCAUCCACCUCCUUCAAAGUCACGGGUUUCCUGAGUCGCAGACUGAAGGGUUCCAUCAAACGCACCAAGAGCCAACCCAAGCUGGACCGCAACAGCAGCUUCAGAAACAUCCUGCCGGGCUUCAAAACCGCAGACAAUGACAGAUCCCAUCUAAUGCCGAGGCUGAAGGAAUCACGGUCUCAUGAGUCGUUGUUCAGCCCCAGCAGUGCAGUAGAAGCUUUGGAUCUCAGCAUGGAGGACGAGGUGUUGAUCAAACCGGUGCACAGCAGCAUCCUGGGCCAGGACUACUGCUUCGAGGUAACCACUUCCACUGGAACAAAAUGCUUUUCAUGUCGGUCAUCCGCCGAGAGGGACAAAUGGAUGGAGAACUUAAGGAGAGCUGUAAAUCCAAACAAGGACAACAGUCGGCGUGUGGAGAACCUGCUGAAAAUGUGGAUUAUUGAGGCCAAGGACCUUCCAGCCAAGAAAAGGUACUUCUGUGAGUUGUGUCUGGACGACACGCUUUACGCACGGACUACCUGCAAACUCAAAACAGACAAUGUGUUCUGGGGAGAGCACUUUGAGUUCAACAACUUGCCUGCCGUCAAAAGUGUCACCGUCCACCUGUACAGGGAGACUGAUAAGAAGAAAAAGAAGGACAAGAACAGCUAUGUGGGCCUGGUCAACAUUCCCGCCGGCGCCGUCACGGGACGCCAGUUCGUGGAGAAGUGGUACUCUGUGAGCACGCCCAACCCGAACAAAGGGAAAACUCCCGGACCUAUGAUUCGGCUCAAGUCGCGGUACCAGAGCAUGAGCAUCCUGCCUAUGGAGUCAUAUAAGGAGUUUGCGGAAUACAUUACCAAUAACUACAUGCUGAUGUGCUCCAUAAUGGAGCCUGGCCUCAGUGUGAAGAACAAGGAGGAGAUGGCCAGUGCCCUGGUUCACAUCCUACAGAGCACCGGCAAGGCUAAGGACUUCCUGACUGACCUGAUGAUGUCAGAAGUGGAUCGCUGUGGGGAGAACGAACACCUGAUCUUCAGGGAGAACACGCUGGCCACCAAAGCCAUCGAGGAGUACCUUAAACUGGUGGGGCAGAAGUACCUGCAGGACGCACUAGGCGAGUUCAUCAAGGCCCUGUACGAAUCAGACGAGAACUGUGAGGUGGACCCGGGCAAGUGUUCCUCAGGAGACCUCCCUGAGCACCAGAGCAACCUGAAGAUGUGCUGUGAGCUGGCCUUCUGCAAGAUCAUCGACUCCUACCGUGUUUUUCCGCGGGAGCUGAAGGAGGUGUUUGCCUCGUGGAGGCAGGAGUGCAGCAGUCGGGGCCGGCCGGACAUCAGCGAGCGUCUGAUCAGCGCCUCCCUGUUCCUGCGCUUCCUGUGUCCGGCCGUCAUGUCCCCGUCACUUUUCAACCUGAUGCAGGAGUACCCAGACGACCGCACCGCGCGAACCCUCACGCUCAUCGCCAAGGUCACACAGAACCUCGCGAACUUCACCAAGUUUGGUAACAAGGAGGAGUACAUGUCCUUUAUGAACCACUUCCUGGAGCACGAGUGGACAAACAUGCAGCGCUUCCUGCUGGAGAUCUCCAACCCAGAGACCAUCUCCAACACGGCAGGGUUCGAGGGUUACAUCGACCUGGGCCGCGAGCUCUCCACCCUGCACUCCCUGCUGGCCGAGGCAGUCUCUCAGCUGGACCAGAGCACAGCCUCUAAGCUUGGUCCACUGGCACGUAUCCUGCGGGAUGUGAACUCAGCACUGACCAACCCGUCUGGGGUCCAGGUGUCUACCCCCACGGAGCGUAUGGGCUCCCCCCCCCUUCCCCUCCCCCUGGCAGGCUGCAGCCUCUCCACCGGCCUGCCUCUCCACAAGAUGGUCAUGGACAGCGAGCUUUCUGGGUUGGUUGAUUUUACGAGGCUACCGUCGCCAACCCCAGAGAACAAGGACCUAUUCUUUGUGACGCGGAACUCUGGCAUCCAGCAGUCUCCAGCCAGAAGCUCCAGUUACUCGGAGGCCAACGAGGCUGAGGUGCAGCUCCCCAAUGGCAGCAAGAGUCUAUCAAUGGUGGACCUGCAAGAUAGCCGCAGCCUGGAGAGUACCCCUGGCCCCCGCCCUGCCUCCCCCAGCGACAUGCUCCUCAAUGAAUGCCAGUCCCCCGUCGCCCCUGGGCCAGGGGGCUGGGCCGCCCGCACCCCUCAGGGCAUUAUCCCCGGCCCCGGCCCCGGACCCACCCUCAGGAGAAUGGUUCAGACCCCCACCAACCCUAGCACAGAGAGCAGCACCCUAGGUCCAGGGAGGCCCUCCCAGCUCCUGGCCCCGCUUUCAUUCCAGAACCCCGUUUACCAGAUGGCCACGGGCAUGACCAUGAGCAUGUCCCCGCGGGGCCCCCUGGCCGAUUCAGGCUCCGAGGGCCACAGCUCUCACAGCUCUCAGGGCAACAACACAGAGGAUGCCCCCAAGCACCAGGGGGUAUUCCUCACCCAAGGGGUUGCAGUCGGGAGCGGGGGAGGCAGCAGCAGUGAGGAGUUUGCGCGGCGCUCAGGGGAGUUCACGACCCGCCGCCAGCUGUCCCUCAUGGAACCCCCACGGCAGAACAGCUCCGGUCCCCAGCGCAGGAUAGACCAGCCCCCUCCGCCCGUCACUAGGGGCAGGACGCCGCCAAACAUGCUCCAGACGGCCUACCCUGGGCCGCGGCCCUCCAGCGGCAGCAUGAUGUCAUCAUCUCCCGACUGGGGGCCUAGUGGCGGCACCCGGUUGAGACAGCAGUCGUCCUCAUCCAAAGGGGACAGUCCUGAGACCAAGCAGCACACCCUGCACAAAGCUUUGUGUGUGCGUGAUGUGUGUGCGUGUUCGUCCCACCAGGCCCCCUCCCCUGUGAACCCCAAUGCUCUGGACCGCACUGCUGCCUGGCUGUUGAAUAUGAAUGUGCAGUAUUUAGACCAUGAGGGAGUUGACCCAGAUACCAAGCACAGGGAAGACCUUCGAAACAAAGAGGAGCUCACUCAAACUGAAAAGUACCAGCAGGAGAUCGCCAUCCUGCAGGACAAGCUGCGUCUGUCAGCCAAGAAGCUGGAGGAGUAUGAGUGUCACCUGAAGGGCCAGGACGAGCAGACCCAGACGAUGCUGCUGGAGUACCAGGCACGCCUGGAGGACACGGAGGAGCGCCUGCGCCGGCAGCAGGACGACAAGGAGCUCCAGAUGAAGAGCAUCAUCACCAGGCUGAUGUCUGUUGAGGAGGAACUGAAGAAAGAUCAUUCAGAUAUGCAAUCGAUAGUGGACUCAAAACAGAAGAUCAUUGAAGCCCAGGAGAAACGCAUUGCCUCUCUGGACUCGGCCAACGCCCGCCUGAUGAGCGCUCUGACCCAGCUGAAGGAGCGCUACAGCAUGCAGACCCGUAACGGCAUCUCCCCCACCAACCCCAGCAAACUCCAGAUCACUGAGAACGGAGAGUUCAGGAACAGCAGCAACUGCUAGGGAUGGGGAGAGGGCCUCGCCCAACUCAAUAACACUUGGGCUAGGGGAGAGACGAGAAUAUGGCCCACACCCAGUCACUCUCUGGAGAAACGUGUUCAUACUGAACAAAUCCAUUAUUUUCAAUGGAUGAGGUCAUGAUGACAUAAGGAGUAGACUGACUAUGAAGCUGUUGCUGAACAAUAUAAAGGAAUUCGUCAGAUUGACUUAAGAUAAAGUUAUAAUGUCUACAACACCUGGCUGCAUGACGUCCCAGACUCUCUAUCCCAGUACAUUAAACAACAUUGUAACAAAUAAGAUGGGAAUAGGUUGCACUUAUCUUGGAAAGAGCCUGUUUUUGAAGUGAUUGAACCAUUGUAAGCUUCAGAAUGUUUCAGAUUUCUCAUGGACCCGUAUAAUUUUCAGUCACCGCGUUGAAAUAGCACAGGUUGCUAAAAGAGGACGCUCCUUUAUGGAUCCUACACCUUUUUAGAGCGCACUUGUACCCUACAUGUCCCUCUGACCUACAGUAUACAGUACUAACAUGCUCAGCCCCUUUCUUCUGGCAACAGUAUAGUACAACACAAGUGUGUAUAUAUAGUACAUUGUAGCAUCAAUCUUCGAUUUUCCUCAAUGGCUGUUUUCUAACCCACAGUUUUUUGUUUCAAACUUCAAUAGCGUACAUACAGUAUGUGUUGCCAAGUGAACAACUCUCGAUCAGUGAAAGCCUCCUCUGUUGACCAGCUUUGAAAAACAGAGCUUUGCUGAAAACACAUCCCGAUAGCAAGUGUUUCUGUAUUCUACCUGUAUAUUUUAGGUAUCCCCUUCUUUUCUUACCUCAAAUAAAUUUUUUGCAUGUAUCAUAUCAGGACUACAGUAGCAGAACAUGCUAGCUUUGUUUUAAAUUGAUAAUAUUAAGGAAAGAGCUCAACUAUUUAAUGUUUUGCAUACUUUGUAUGUGCUUAAAUAUCCGUCUAUUUAGAGGUUUAAAUGCCUCAGAGAUGUAUAUAAAAUGUUCACAGUAUUUUUAUUGAUUGUUUGGAAUAGUAUCUGUACAGUAAGUGUUCCUUGUAUUAAACUCGGCUGUUCUAAUAUUACAAUUGAAGAGGUUCUGACUAAUUUUGGCUCUACUUCAGUAGACAGUUCACACAUCCUUUGAGCCAUUAUUCCCUUUUCAUACGUAGGUAUUCUUUGUUCAAAAUUCACAAUUUAUUGAUGCUGUUAAAUGAAUGAUAUUGAUAAACAUAGUUUACUGUGUAUUUAAAUGGUUAUGUGUGGGCCAGUCCUAUAUUGUUUGCAGUUUGUCAGUGCUGAAUAGAAUAGGACUGAACUCUAAUACCUGGCCACCCCUCUACCCUUGCACAUCUGGAACUUAGCUAAGGACCCUACAAUAUGCACUUUCAACCAACAGAAACACUCUUUCAUUUAGAAUACCUUCUAUCCAAAGUAAAGAACAAAACAUCCAUAUGGGGUUUUAGGCUGUAACUGAGGUAUAAACCAGAUUCAUUGAUAGUUUCAAUUCCCUCUUGUGUUGAUUAAGGGCUCGAUUCAAUCCGUAUCGCGGAUGUUCAGCGCUAUAGCGCAAUUUACAUUUUUUAAAGGCAAUGUUCCAGCGUUCACGGAGUCUGCAUUCUUGGUAAAGAAUGCGAAUGUCGGCUCAAUCGGAAAUGACCUUUACAUUUCAAUUGUGCUAUCGCUCUGAACUAUUGUGAUUCAGGUUUAAUCGAACCCUAAAGCUAUACAAAUGGAGUGGACUCAAAGGCUUUUUUGUGUAGUCUUAUUUAAGUUGCAGGUAGCUAAUUUUAGCAACCAUCAAAGGUGGUCUCAACAAAUGGCUUGAUUUCUCAAUUCUGACUUCUGCAAAUUCUCCUGUGAAAGCACUAGCGGUCUGCUUUCAUGAAGUUAGAGGCACGUCAAACAUGAAUCACUGUGUCUGGUCUGGAAACGUUCAGCUUAAACAGACUGAUCAUUUUGAAAGUAUGUUCUGUUCUUCAAAUUAAAGUGUUGUAAAAUUGUAUGUAUGGUAUGCUCUAAAUUAUGUUUGUUUAUAUCAGUUCCUUAUUUAUUGAAUUGCUAUAUUGUUUUUGAUUUAAUAAUAUGCCCUCGUGAUGGAUUGUUUUGAAGAUGCAGGCAUAAAGAAAAGUAUGUUUUCUGGAAGGAAUGUGCUCCUAAUUCCCUCAAGUGGUCUUACUACACCCAACCUGCUCUGUCAAGAGAAAAUGUAUUUAGAGGGUUUCAAUUGAUUUUCUCUUUCAAAGCCAAAGGUGCAUCUAUCCCGCUAUGAUGUUAUUUUAUUGAAAGGAAAUAGUAUAUACUGCACCAGAAACCACAGAUCAAUUCACAAUAUUGUGCAUCUUCAUGGUCUCUCAGUUCUUUUAGGGAGGUUUUUCAACCAUUUUGCAAGAAGAGUGACUUACCAAAACUAUUCUCUUUUCCUUGCUCUAUAUAAUACUGGACGAUAUUUUUGCCAUGUUGUCACUGCAAACUCAUAACUUUUGAAUGAAUGUUAAAAUAAUAAUUUGAUUUGUGUAAAUGGUAACAAGAAUAGGUCAACUAAAGUGUAUGUAAUUUAUGUACAAAUUCAACUAGACUUAUUAAAGAUUUAUUUCGUUAUUUUAA